UGUCUGCUGCCUAGUCAAAUUCCCCCAAAAAAGGGGUAAUUUCUCUAGAGCGCUCUCCAAAUCCUCACAAAGAUUUGUCUAAUCUCUCGUUUCUCAUGAUCUCUUAGUGUGUGUGAUAUAAGGAAGGUCAUCUUCUAGCUCUUGUCUUGCGUUCUUAUACAGAGGCCCCAUUUUCGAUCUUGCAAAUCUCUCUUGGCGCGCUUUCUUCGUCACACACGAGGCGGACGCUGAGCCAAAGAUCUGUCAUUUAUCUCCAGGAAUUCGCCACAAAUCCCACAUAUCUCCGCAAAUAAAAAGAGGGGAGAGCAUUUCCCGUUCCAGAGAAAGUAUGAUCCACAGCAGCAGCAACAACAUCCACAACCUGGUGGUGAGCAAGGCCAAGAAGAUGGGAUCCCAGCACGAGCAGCACCAGCACCAUCUGGGCUUCCACUUCAAUCUCAUGGGCUGCUCCACUUCCAACGUCGUGGAGCGCAAAGCCGUGUAUUGCAAGCUAGAUCCUCCGAGAAGAAGCGUCAGCUCCGGCGGCAGCAGCAGCGCCCGGAUCUCCAGCGACGUCCCGAAGGGCUGCUUGGCGGUGUACGUGGGCGAGGAGAGGCAGCGCUACAUCAUCCGAGCGCAUCUCCUGAAUCAUCCCGUGUUCCGCCCGCUGCUCGAGGAAUCCGCGUCCGAGUUUGGGUUCAAGCACAGCGGCGGCCUCAAAUUCGCUUGCGACACCCGCCAGUUCGAGCAGAUGCUGCUGCUCGUCAAGAACAAGGACAGCGAUCUCAAGGAUUUGGGGAGAAAAUCCUUCUGAUCAAAUCCACAGAGUCCGCGGGGAGGAAAGAACAAUCCGUUUGAUUGGCAAGGUGGAACAGCACAAACACAGGGCUUUCUAGAUUUUUUUUUUGAUUUCUUGAGUGGGGAAUGAUCGAUCUACUUCUCAAAGAGUGGCGGAUCUCGAUCGUGGCAGACCACAUUCUUCUUUGUACAGAACCGAAGAUACUUUAGGGUUUUGCUAGUCAAAUCACAAGCAUAUUCCACGAA